AUGGGUUCCGGAGACAGGGCCGGCAUAUUUGGUGGAGUGAAGGCCGGUGUUUUCUCUCCUCUCCUUUGCGGCGGAGAGGGAAAACGGCCCACAGCGAUGUUGUGCUGUGGGGCCGGGAAGCGCGGCGCGCGCGGCGACGGAGAGAGAGUCGCCGGCGCGGCGGGUUGGAGCGAUGCGCGCGGCGCGGCGGUCGGUGUGGUCGCGGGCGCGGGCGCGGGUGCGGCGCGCGGGGCGGCGCUCGCGUCAGCGCGGGACGCGGCCGCUCCCGGGUCGGCGCGGGACGGCGCAGUGCGGGACUCGGCAGACGGCGCGGCUGCGCGCGGGUCGGGGCAAGGCGCCACGGCGCGGAGAUCGGCGCGGGGCGCGGAAGCGCGCGGGUCGGCGGCGCGCGGAUCGGCGGCGCGCGGGUCGGCUGAGCUAGCCGGCCAGGAGAUGGCCGGCAGCGAUGAGGCCGGGGAGGAAGGAGCCGGCGAAAGUGCGAGUGGGCUCGCGGCGAAGGACUCUUCGCCGGCGCCCACUGCCGGGCUGUGCAGGGCUGCUGCGGCGCGGGCGGCGAGAGUCGCCUGGCCCGACGCGAUAAUAGCCUCUAGGGUGUCCGAUGAUCGGACGAACACCCUGCGGCGGAUGGGGCGCGGGCGCGUCGCGCGGCGCUGCGGAAGCGGCGGUGGCGGCAUGAAGCACUUUCCGCGCGUUACCACCGGCUUCUUGAACGCAUGCGCACAGCGCGAGUCGCGGACGCGAGAGCGCUAUCGGAGCGCUGGCGGACGAAACGGUGGCGGUCCUUGCCUGGCGUGA